CUCGUCUUCCACCUCCUCCCUCCGGCCCAACCAAUCAAUCCUUUGCGGCCCACCCAAACGUGACAAGGUGCGAAGGCAGAAAAAAAGAGACGGCGGGAAGACAGAGAACGAGACAGAGAGUGAGCAAGCAGCAAGAGAGCGAGCGAGUCGAAUCAUUCAAUCAGCUUCCGUCCCUCAACAGCACUUGGAAACAGACACCAGGGUUGCCCAAGCUGGUGUCAUUCCAUUGGAUCCUCGACCAUCAUAUCAAUCGGUCGCCAAUCAUCAGCUAAGCCUAUCCGCUCCGCAUUUUGGCACUCUAUCGAUCUUGAAACCAGGGCGUGUUGUGCGGACGACAUCUCAGCAAAGCUGCAAAGAGACGCGCGCGAAGAAUCGCCAAAGAGCAGACGUGAAGAAAAGCAGAAAAGGUCUUCAAGUGACAGUGAGGGGGAACCAUAGCGCGACAGGCAGACAGGCAGGCAGGCAAACAAGCAAGCCGUCAGCGGCAACGCAACGCAUCACUGAGCACAACGUCCGCGCACACCUUCUCUUUCCUGCCUCCUUCUACACACCUCACGGUCACUUACACACACCGCCAGAAGACCGUGGUGGGAAGGCAACCCAAGAAUAAGACAGACAACGCAGAGUUCGACGACUCAAAUCGAGAACGAAAGAAAGAAAAGCAGUGACGCAACAUUGCCCUGCCCGGCCCUGCCUACCGACUCUGCCACUUUUAUUGCCAGCCCGACUUUCUGUCUGGCGUGGUGCAUUCGCACUGGCGACGACGUCCUGAGAAAGUGGAAAGAAGAUAAUUACACCUCAACGCGAGAGGGGGCGUGUGUGCGUGCCUUCCAUUGCUGUAAGUUGCACCACCACCACCACCACCACCACCACCACCACUUCGGAGUACCACGGUGCGGCCUUACCCAGGACUUCACUUCCCGCUCUUACCCCUUCCCAGUCUGCCCGUGUCUGCUUUGCUCCUUCCUUCCCUCACUGCGACGUCAACGUCAGCAAACCAUACCCCCUUCCCACUUCCCACCCCCCUACCCCUCUUCUGCCUGGCUGCCUUGCCCUCCUCACCUUCCUUACCCUGGCCUUUUUCCCUUUCCCUUCCCCUCCUUCCGUCUUUCCCACCGCAGUUUCUGUUAAACACACCCCCUUUUUCUCUUCGCAGCCUUAGGCCCACCUGAUCCCAGCAAGAGAAAAAAAAAGAGGUGACCCAUCUUCUGCCGACGCCACACACUCACACUCGUGUCUUUAGGAUCCACGCACCUUUUGCUUGGUUUUUUUUCCCUCUCGACCCUCUCGACCCUCCGAAACAGGCGUACAAAGUGCCAAAGAGCCCCGGUUCGCCAAAAGGAAAAGCUCCAGCGAAUCCAACGAGCCAAAAGCCAGAAAAAACCCGCCCUCCCACAAAACCCAGCAAAUCAGCUCGGUUUUUUCUUGCGACCACUCACGUCCCUCCCUCAACUCUCCAAACGUCUCCCCCGACCUGACACCACCACUCACAUUUCACCACUCACCACUCACCCAACAGUCGUGAAUUGUUCGCGACUUGGAAUCCCCCCAGAGAGGUCCUAUCAUCGUCGACUUUGAUCUUCUCGCUAUUCUGCGACCAAGCAUCUUGUCUAUUGGCCCAAACACCAGUAGCAAUACCAACUGCUCGCCCAUCAGGUGACUGAAGCAACCUGCGGAAAAGAGCAUCUUUUCCCGUCUCUGCCUGUUUGACCGCAGCGCUCCGGACCGCACGCAUCGCAUCGCAUCAGCACAGCGCACCGCGACCACAGCAAAAGGCCACUCAGCCCAACCGCGUCGCACUUUCGCCCUCCCGCCAAACAUAUUAUCGCGCAACGCGUCAUAGCUUCUUCGGAGGCGAUUUCAAGCUCAUAUCGUGACACUCGAGUCAAAAGCCUAUCAGAAAGCUUCGUCUCGACUUAGACCACGAGCCAAUCCCCGAGAAUUUCACCCCCAAAGCCAAAAAUUCAGCCAACCAGGUACGUUUCGCAUGCCACUCGACUCAAGUCCUUUGGCGCCCCUCCUGUCCAGCCUUGUACGCGCGCUUCCUUGUCCCUGACGACGGCCGCCAUCUUCCUUCCCUAUCCCGUCUGGUCAUUUCUAUUUUGUACGCUAUCCGAGUUUGGCUUCUCUGUCAAAUUUGGCGCUUCAUAUGUCGAGCUACCUAUCUAUCUGGCAUUGCCAAGUGGAAGAGGGAGAAGACUUGACGAAUUCUUGGAGUAGAACCAGUUCGGAUCCUCUUCUGGCUGUUGUCUUUUCUUUUCUCCCAAUUCCUCACACACACGAUUUGUGUGCGCCUGUUGUCCUUUGAAACCGGGACGGACAACACAUGCUUACUGACUUGAGCAGGGCGCAUAACAUUCACACCUCCUUCACAGCACAUCGCUUUCAUCGGCGAUUACACCCAGAUCUCCAACUUUCGUGGUACGUUUAUUGUACUUUCUUCAUUAUCACAUUGUCCUCAGCAUCUCCAGCCUUCGUACUCUUCCCGUGCUCCCCGGAGGUGUAACCAUCCAUCCCUCGGUGCUCCCCCUCCCCUUCACCACGUCCACGUCAGUUUGUCUCUUUCCUGUCAUCUGCGGGCCAUCGCGUCACCCUUAGGGGAGAGUCUUCACUACCUCAUCCUCUGACGUUACGCUGUCUCGACUGUUGUGCUUCGCACAGAGGAGUGCAUCGGCGCAUCAAGCCUUCUACGCCUUCUCGAAGCACCCCUUCGGCGGCAUAUCGACGCAGCAGCUACAGCAGCAGCAGCAGCAGCAGCAGCAGCAGCAGCGCAUUGGAAAGGUUUCUCAUGCCAGCCACUACCACCACAUCGACGUGCACUCCCAGUGGAAUGGACGUUGUUGCGAAGCGCUCAGUGAGCUUGGCUUAGCUUGUGGCAGCGACACACGACAGCGCCCUGUACAGGCACCCCUUCCCCUCCACCGGUGCAAGCACGGGCUCUGUCAACGCAGCUCGGACUGUCUUUUGGCUCUGCGCCGCCACCAUAACCGCAUCAAGGGGAAGUGUCGCCGCGUAGGUUGGCAUGGUGGGCCUUGUCUCUGCAUAUUCCGUCAUGCAUGCGAGGUCUGCCAGCGCAUCAAGUGGUGGCCCGAGACGCCAGGAGAGGAACAUGAACCCCACCCCAUCUGCUUGUCUUUGUCGCAUCAUCCCGAGCUCUGGCUUAUAUACAGGAGAACUAACAUUCUUGGUUGGACAGAUCUAACGACGCGAAGUGGAAAAGGAUUAAACGGUCUCUAAUUUCUGGAGAACUCAAGGCACCGACCUGUUUCGUCCAAAAGAACAAGGACAAGCCGACUCUUGCCCUACCCGCUCCCGCUGUGCAGCCGGUAGACCAACCCAGGACCAGCCCGGACCAAGGAGCCCUUGAUCGGCUAGAAGCAACAGAACCGACGCCGCCUCGCCUCCGCCUUGUACGGUAGCAGCCUCGACAUACCUGCCCGCCUCUGUCGAACCCACACACUCUCGCCGCUCUCACGUGGCUGUCAUUCUGACCCCAGGCUCAGCCACCCACCUCGUCCGCCCCGCGACUACAUCAGCCCGCAUAUGCCGUGGUCGGCCACUUGCGUCGCGCACCACUGCCAGCUCAUCCACGCAUCACCAAUAGAUUGAGCCCCUCCGCUCCCAAUACACUGGAAAAAGGACCCUAGGACACCGCCGGCUCCCAAUCCGUGUGCCCAACUCAACCCAAGCAGACGGGCCGUCCCAGUCAUUUUAAAGCUCACUCCUCACGAGAAAGGCAGCUUUCGUCGCAACUCAUUCGUCACUCGCGACCCAUAGCCGUGAUACCCUUUUUUCCCCCUUCCCACGGUCACGUUUUUCUCAACCGCGCCAAAGCGGCUGUCAAGCUACACCACGUAGCUGGCUUCUUAUUGGUUCCGAUACUCUACGCGACGAAGACAAUCGCCUUCAUUGCACAGCUUGAUCAUCCCUCGAACAAGCUUAACCCCAGUAUGAUGGAAUACGCACAAUAUCCUCAACAACCUCAAAACGCCCACUCCGGAUACACCAACUCCACCACAGGAAACAACAUCACCUCUCCUCACGGCGUACAGACGUCACCUAUCCUGUCUCAACAGCAAUCACCCUCUCAACAACAGGGACACAACAUGUACCAGCCACAGUACAACGUCCCCCAGCAGGGAAUGCAUUAUGGCAUGCCUCAAAUCCAAGCCGCCGCCAUGGCGGCAACUGCAGCUGCUUCGGGAUCCAACUAUCCUUACAUGCAGUCGGACCCCAGUUUGCCCCAAACAUCGCCGCGAAUGGGCGGAGCGAAGAAGGAGAGUCGCGAUCCUAGAUCACCCACCCAGAUGAACAACGUUUCGCAGUUACCGGGCCAGAGACGCCUCAGUCAGGUCACCAGCCCCGGCGUGCCUACUGCGCAGGGCAUGAUGAAUCAUGUCGGCGCGCGACCUGGUGUUGCGCCACCGCAAAUGGCUCAGGCUCAAGCUAUGCCUCACCCGCAAUCCCCCGAGAUGCCGGCCGGUGGCGUCGAAGAAUCGCCCCUCUACGUCAAUGCUAAGCAGUUCCAUCGCAUUCUCAAGCGUCGUGUUGCACGCCAAAAGUUGGAGGAGCAGCUGCGUCUGACGUCCAAGGGCCGCAAGCCAUACCUUCACGAGUCAAGACACAACCAUGCUAUGCGCCGACCUCGCGGACCUGGAGGCCGUUUCCUCACUGCUGAGGAGGUUGCCGCCAUUGAGCGCGAGAAGGGUGGUGGUUCUGGCGAGGGUCCCGAGGACGUUGUCGAGUCCAAAGCCGGCUCCAAGAGGAAAUCGGAAGCCGACGACUCCAGCUCGAACAAGAAGGCCAAGAAAGCAUCCGAGACUCCUGAAGAGGACGAGGAGGAGGAUGACGAGUCUUGAUCCGCAGCCAUACUAUUAUGUUUUGUCGCGCAUUUCGAUCACGAAGUCACGACCGUCUGCAGAGACGACUUGCAGCCAUCUCCACUCUUUCGAAUUGGGGUUACAAAGGAGAGAAGGGAACUUGUACGGGAUGUGUCUAUAGGGGCUGGAGUUUUCCAAAUGUCUUUAUAUGCAGCAUGCGGGCCGGUACACAGGACUCUCGUUGCUCUCUGGCUGCCAGGUCUAGCCGAUGCCAUUCCGGUCGUCAUCGGCUUUUUUUUAUUGCGCCUUUAUUUUUUCGUUUUCACGGCUAAUACACAUUAUCGACUGGCAACAGCAUGGCGCCCGUUUAGACGGGUGGCCGCAAGGGAAAUGGGAGGGAAGAAUGCAUGGACGACUCGAAACGACGGAUACCCCUCUUGUGUUUACUCGAUUACCCCCUUCUCCUUGUUGUUUUUGAUUUGACUUCACUUCGUGUUACAAUUCUUUUCCUGGACGAGGGAUUCUUCUUCUUGGGGAAUGGUCGGUAGUGUGGGAAUUGGGCAGAUGGUCUGGCUACCAACGGCUUCCUUUUUUUUUAUUUUAUAUUUCGUGAUUCAGCAGGGAGUUGAAACGAAGAGAAAAGAAAAACCCAAAACGAAAAGCCGCCAGUCAGUGGUGUGCCGCGAGUUUGUUGUACGGGAACAAGAGAAUGAUUGAAGAUGAUAUCUACGCUUAUAUUUGUCUGCCUCACCACUUCUUACUUGCUGGAUUGAUGGAGAUAGACUGGGUUUCCUGGCAAAAUCCGUCGCCGGAUUCGUAUGUAUGGAGAGAAACACGGAUUUAACGACC